AUGAAAGCACUAAUAAUUUCUGCAAUAUUCAUCGGAUGUGUUUUUAUUAUUGCGGUGCAUUCAAAAGCGGAUUUUACGAAUAUAAAAUGCAUUGAUUUCGAUAAGACUUUAAUGUACUUCGAUAUCUGUUUGCUGAAAUCUGUUAAUCGCACCUACAAAUACUUGACAGUACGGGCGCAAUAUCCAAGGCAUGAGCCCAUCAAUAAUAUUACGGUAAAUUUUGCUAUGCACCGAAAGGUAAAUGGAUACAAGCCUUUUUUAUACAACAUAACCAUUGAUGCCUGCCAAUAUUUAGAAAAGCGAAAUAAUCCGGUCAUUCGAUAUGCUCACAAGUUUUUUGAGAAAUAUUCUACUUUGAAUAAGUCUUGUCCCUAUGGCGAGAGCUAUGAAAUGGCGGACAAAGUUCCAAUUAGUUACGUGACGGAUGUACUUCCAUUCCCACAUGGAGAUUACGCCUAUUCAGUAGCAUUUUAUUACUACAAGAAAAAGGCGGGUGUUAUAACAGUUUAUGUGACAAUCUCCUGAGAAGCAGAGACUCGUGCAUUGAGCCUGGCCAAUUCUUUUUUAAUAGUUGCAAUUCGGCAAUCGGAGUUCGUUCUAAAUCAAAUAACAUUUUUAAAUAGGUACUUAUUUUUUAUUAGUUAAAAACCGUUUUUAAUCAGUUUGAAUACAAGCGUCGACAAAUGGAGAAUCGUGUUGUAAAGACUCAGUUCAAAUAAUUAAAACUUCGACAGGUCUCAAAGUCCAGUUCA